CGAUUCAAACUAGUACCAUUUAUGCUCUCAACGGUUUUAGACGUGUGUGUUCGUAUGAAGUUUUUAAGUGUAAAAUAACGAAUAUUUUGUGAUAAUAUUAUUUGUAGUGUUGUGUUUGCGAUUAACGCGAGUAAACAGUAAUGUUUGAAUGUUUUAGAGUUGACAGUGGACUGUAUAUAGGUUGUGGCUGACGAUAUUUUAUUUUUAGUUUAGCUUGUUAAAGCUGCGAGAUGUUCUUAAUUUAGACUUGCUGUAGAUACCUACCCAUUUUUAAAAUAAUAGAUUUUAUGAGAAGCUAUGCACUGAUGGUGAUCAACUUAAAAAAUAUAAGUGUAUAAGAAAUGUAAACAACAAAGUCAGCGGAUAACUAAAAUGAGAAAAAAGAGGAAAACAAGAGCGAAGGUUUAAAAAUAUACAUAUAUUGAAAGGAACAAAGACACAGAAACUAAACGAAGAGAGAAUAAAUAUUUAAACAACAAACAAAUAAUACAAGUGCACGAAAUAUAACCGGAGUCGCGUGAUAAAGUUAGUGUUGAAGUUAUCUGAAACUAAACUAAACGAGUCUGUGAUGACCUAUGAUCUUAUAUGAAAGUGCAAGUGAAAAGUGUUACAGUGUCCUAACGCAACAAUAUAACUAAAACGUAUCCUUAGUAUUAACAAAACUGUUGGUGGUGCAAGUGUAAUUCGUCAAAGUGGCGGGUGACGAACACCUCGAUAUGCUGGGGGGGCCGGAGUGGGCCCAGCGGGAGGCCAGCCCUCCCAGGGACCCCCUGCCGAGCUUCGGCUUCACACAGGAGCAGGUCGCCUGUGUCUGUGAGGUCCUCCAGCAGGCCGGUAAUAUUGAACGUCUGGGCAGGUUCCUAUGGUCGUUGCCGGCCUGUGAGCGUCUCCACGCUCACGAAUCAGUUCUGAAGGCUAAAGCCAUGGUCGCCUUUCACCGCGGUAACUUUAAAGAGUUGUACAGGUUGCUGGAAUCACACAACUUCAGCGCACACAACCACGCCAAGCUUCAAAACCUCUGGUUAAAAGCACAUUACAUGGAGGCUGAACGUCUGAGAGGUCGUCCUCUGGGCGCCGUGGGGAAGUACAGGGUCAGGCGCAAGUUCCCACUACCGAGAACAAUAUGGGAUGGAGAGGAAACGUCGUAUUGUUUUAAGGAGAAGUCUCGUUCAGUGUUAAGGGACUGGUACCUCCACAACCCUUAUCCCUCGCCCCGGGAGAAGAGAGAGCUGGCUGAGACCACGGGACUCACCACCGUUCAGGUGUCAAAUUGGUUUAAAAAUCGCAGACAACGCGACCGACAGGCCGAGCACAAAGAUAGCGGCGGUCCGGGAGACAAGCAGCUGGACUCUUCCACGGACGACGACAGCGACGCCCCGCAUCCCGCGCCGCACGCGCCGCCGCUCUACCCGCUGUACGAACACCCGCUCGCUCACCUACAGUACCAUCACUCGUGACGCGCCGCCACCGACUGACUCGACACCCAACACUAGACCUCUACACUUAUACAUCUAGUGUUCCAAAUAUGAAUAACAUAGGUUUUAAUUUGAAUUUGGAAUGUGUAAAUCACCAGCCUCAUAUGUCACGAGUUGUAAAUGAAUACAUUUGAUUUUGGAAUGUCUUGUGUGUAUCUGAUUAUGAGAGCUCCUUCACUCAUGACAGUACAUACAGAUGUGCCGCCUGUCUCGUUCCAAAUUUAAAAUUCGCUUCCAAUAGAAUUUUAAUUAUCAGCAAUAAUGAAUAUCGGCUGAAUAGAAUUGUAUGACAUACAUUGUUUUAGGUUUAGAAAAAUAUAAAUGUGAGAAAUGUUUUGAAAUCCAAAUUAUUACUUUUUAUUAAGAAUGUUUCAUUAAAGAUGAGUACCUUUAAAAUAAAUAAUGUCUGAGAUUGACAUUGUGAUUGUCAUUAUUUAUACAAUGAUUGUCAUUAUUUAUACUCUGUGAACAUCACAUUUUCUUUAUAUUAAAUAUAAUCUGUAAAUAUAUGUAAUUGUAUCAUAGGUAAUGGUUUUGAAAGAUUAUUUCAAAGCAAUAAUAAAUAAUACACGAACUUGUAAUAAUUAAUAAUAAUGAACAACUUAAGUUUUUUUCAUUUCAUCGAAGCUGAAGAUUUUAAUUAUACUGCCAUAAUAUGAUAUUUAACAGAUCAAUAUUAUAAUACUUGAUAUUAAUUGAUUUCUCCGAAUGAUUAAUUCAAAUACUUUUCAUUUCAAUUGUAGCCAAUUAUUAAAUAAAUGUAAAUAAUAUUGUUGUAACAAAUGUAUGUAGUUAUUUAAUUUUAUAUGUAGAUUGUUUUUAUACUUAGUGAUAAAUAAAAUUAAUUCAUAACACAUACAUAAUAUAAAUACUUUUUGAAUUUGAUGUUACUUCAGAAUGUUUUUUUUUUAAUAUCUACUACCACACGCCCGCCACCAUACAGCCAGACAAAUUAAUAUUAUAAAGUAAUAAUGUAAUUAAUAGUACCCUGUAACAUUAUUUAAUGUGUAUAUUUAUUAUGUUAGAAUCGUUAUUAAGUAUUUUAAAACAGACGUGUGUUGUUUCAAAA